AAAUGUCACGCUGCAAUGUAUGGUGAAGUCGGAAACAGGAAACUGCAACCUCGAGCUGCCAAGGUGGUGGUACAACUCAGACGCUCGGAGAUGCGAACAGUUCGUCUACAGCGGCUGCGGCGGCAACGCAAACCUAUAUAAGACAAAGGAAGAGUGUGAGGAGACAUGCAUAGAUGUAAAGGAACCUGGGCUCACUCAGCAGGACAGCGGAGUGGUGCAUGACUUGCCUGAAGGGCUACUGCACGAAGUGUGUCUUCGUCCGCCCCACCGUGGACCAUGUCUGGGAAACUUGGAGAGAUUCUACUACAACUACGGUAGUAAUACAUGCAAACCUUUUGUGUACGGAGGCUGCGGCAGCAACGGGAACAACUUUGAGACAAAACUCGAUUGCAUGAAGAGUUGCAGCAAACAUCUUUAAGGGUAGAAAGUGUCACAUACUUUCCUACAC